UCCUACUUAGCAUCUCAACUUCAAAUCAAACACUUCCAUAAAUAACCCUAACUUCAUCAAUUAUGAAACUCAAAACAAAAACAAAAACAAAAAGUAAAAAAAAUUCAACUUCAGGAAUCGAACCAAUUGUGUAAAGGCAAAGGAAGGAAAGAAAAAUACCAAAAAAUGGACCCCAACGCUACAAGAACUUGAAGAACUAUAUAAACACCCCAUUCCCCCCACCAAACAAUACCAAAAUUUAAAUCUCCUUUUCUUCAUCAAAGCUGAGUUCUUUAUUUUGGAAUGAGCUGGUCAUCAGGAGACUGGAUAUGCAACGCUUGCCAGAACGUAAACUUCAAGAAAAGAGAAGCCUGCCAUCGUUGCGCUUACCCCAAGUAUGGAGGCCCAGACCCUUCAACUUACACUUACAACAACACGGAGGCGUUGCCCGGGGACUGGUACUGCACCACCCUCACUUGCGGAGCUCACAAUUACGCUAGCCGCCCCAACUGCUUUAAAUGUGGUGCGUUUAAGUCCGCCUAUCCUCCUCACUGUGCUGCCUAUCAGUAUGGAUCUGAUGCAACUAUCCCGCCUGGAUGGAAAUCUGGAGACUGGAUUUGCCCAAGAAUGGGAUGCGGAGUGCAUAAUUAUGCAAGCAGGGCAGAGUGUUUUAAAUGCAAAACGCCAAGAGAUUUCGGUAAGUUCAUAUCAAUUACAAUAUUUGAUGCUGUAGCUCAGUUGGGUCUGUAAUACAACUCUGGGCGCUGCAGGUGCUGCAGUUUAAAGCGAGAAGGAAUUUUGGAAGACUCUGUUUAUGCGAUUAUAUCGCCUACUUGGCAUCUGAUUCCUAUCAAAAUGCUGCCUUUUUCUUUCUUUUAAUGACUAACAAUAAUAAUGUAAGCACUUAGAAUAGGCCCAUAUACUUCCUCCUCGAUCAUUGUAACACAGCCGUUACUUGGUUAGAAAUUACAAUUCUCUAUAAUAGUAUGAUAUUAUUCA